UUUCUGGGUCGAUUUAUGCUUCGGUUUUUCCUGUUUGAUUGCUUUAAUCUACAAUUUACUAUGGCUGAAAAUAGUGGACAUGGGUUUGGAAGAAACUCAGGAACCCCUCGUGUUGCGCUCAAUGAAAGAAUUCUCUCCUCCAUGUCACACAGAUCUGUUGCUGCUCAUCCUUGGCAUGACUUAGAGAUUGGGCCAGGUGCACCCACAACCUUCAACUGCGUGGUUGAAAUAGGCAAAGGCAGCAAAGUGAAGUAUGAGCUUGACAAAGCAAGUGGCCUUAUAAAGGUUGACCGAAUUCUGUACUCAUCAGUUGUUUAUCCACACAACUACGGUUUCAUCCCCAGAACCCUUUGUGAAGACAGUGAUCCAAUGGAUGUCCUGGUACUGAUGCAGGAACCUGUGCUACCUAGCACCUUUCUUCGUGCUCGUGCAAUUGGUUUGAUGCCUAUGAUUGAUCAGGGUGAGAAAGAUGACAAGAUAAUAGCAGUGUGUGCUGAUGAUCCUGAGUUUCGCCACUACAAAGACAUCAAGGAGCUUCCUCCUCAUCGUCUUGCUGAAAUUCGUCGCUUUUUUGAAGACUAUAAAAAGAAUGAGAACAAGUCAGUUGCUGUUGAGGACUUUCUUCCUGCUGAAGCAGCUGUUGAAGCCAUCCAGUAUUCCAUGGACCUGUAUGCUUCUUACAUUGUGGAAAGUUUGAGGCAGUGAUCUCGUUGAUGACAUGCUGUUUUCAGGACUGAAAGUAGAGAAGCCGGAUGACUUGUUGAAGAUGGCUCUCCGAACUUCAUAUGCGUACUUUAGUUUAAUGUGGUGUUUUCAGAUAUUUUCAAAUAUAUGUAGAACUUUUAAUUUUCAUGAAUUCAAAAAUGUUGUGUGGAAAAAACCACGGGUAAUGUGCAGUGGUAGUGUAGAAAGAAUGCUUUCCCAACGUCUGAUAAAGCAUACAAUAUAUUGACGUGUUAGCUA